AGAACGCUGAAUCACACAAACUUGGUGCAGUUGAUUGGCAUUGUGGACGACAACGACGACUCACUCUGCAUUGUCACCGAGUACAUGGGUCGGGGCAGUCUGCUCGAUUACCUGAGAACCAGGGGCAGGAGUGUCAUCACCCAGUCGGAUCAGAUCAAAUUUGCUAGAGAUGUUUGCUCUGGUAUGAAAUAUUUGGAAGAGAAGAAGCUGGUGCAUAGAGAUCUGGCAGCCAGAAACGUUCUUCUGCAUGAUAAUGGAGUUGCUAAGGUGUCGGAUUUUGGAUUGGCAGUGAAUGAUGUGAUGAUGAAGACGGCCGGCUGUAAGAUACCUGUCAAGUGGACUGCACCUGAGGCACUCAAACAUAAUAAAUUCACAUGCAAGUCUGACGUGUGGAGCUUCGGAGUGCUGCUCUGGGAGAUCUACACGUUUGGAAGGGUGCCAUACCCCAGAAUUUCCUUGAAUGACGUACUGGCCUGGCUGGAGGAGGGCAACAGGAUGGAUCGACCCGAUGGAUGCCCGGAGGAGAUGUACAAGGUGAUGAAGAUGGCCUGGAGGUGGCAGGCUGACGAGAGGCCGACCUUCAAGGACAUCCAUUCCCUCAUCAUCGAGUGUGCGUCCACCGAUGUAUGA